UUUCCGCCCGCGCGGCUGCGUCCUCCACACUCCACCGGAAGCUCCCGGCCGGGCCGCCGGUAGGUGGUGGCUGAGGCGGCGACGAGAUGGGGUCAUCAGAACCCACUGUGAGGAAGUGACUUCUCUUUGAGAUCAUCCAGACACUCCACACAGAGCAGAGCAAAAGUGCCUAGAACUUGAAAUUUUGGACUUGCCUUCAACACCCUGGGGAUUUCCACCAGGAAGCCUUCAGUCACCAUCCAGGGGAUUUUUAUCACCACAAAGGGUAAUUCCUGCUCCAUCCCUGCUGUGACUCAGCUGUGACGUUGAACCACACAAGCCAGAGAGAAGAAGAUAAAGUCAUCAGAGCUCCUACUCACCAGAGAGUGAGGCCCAGGCCAGGACUCCACAGGGCUGGUCCCCUGUCCUGAAGCAACUUAGACAGGCCCUCUGGCCAGCCUGGGACCCUGAGAUGGCAUCCAGCUCAGGCAGCAGCCCACGCCCGGCCCCUGAUGAGAAUGAGUUUCCCUUUGGGUGCCCUCCCACCGUCUGCCAGGACCCAAAGGAGCCUAGGGCUCUCUGCUGCACAGGCUGUCUCUCUGAGAACCUGAGGAACGGCGAGGAUCAGAUCUGCCCCAAAUGCAGAGGGGAAGACCUCCAGUCUGUAAGCCCAGGAAGCCGUCUUCGAACUCUGGAGAGGGCUCAUCCCGAGGUGGCCGAGGCUGGAGUUGGGUGCCCCUUUGCAGGUGUCGGCUGCUCCUUCAAGGGAAGCCCACAGUCCGUGCAAGAGCAUGAGGUCACCUCCCAGACCUCCCACCUAAACCUGCUGUUGGGAUUCAUGAAACAGUGGAAGACCCGGCUGGGCUCUGGCCUGGAGUCUGGGCCCAUGGCCCUGGAGCAGAACCUGUCAGACCUGCAACUGCAGGCAGCCGUGGAAGUGGCGGGGGACCUGGAGGUCGAUUGCUACCGGGCACCCUGCUCCGAGAGCCAGGAGGAGCUGGCCCUGCAGCACUUCAUGAAGGAGAAGCUUCUGGCUGAGCUGGAAGGGAAGCUGCGUGUGUUUGAGAACAUUGUUGCUGUCCUCAACAAGGAGGUGGAGGCCUCCCACCUGGCCCUGGCCACCUCCAUCCACCAGAGCCAGCUGGACCGUGAGCGCAUCCUGAGCUUGGAGCAGCGGGUGGUGGAGCUGCAGCAGACCCUGGCCCAGAAAGACCAGGCCCUGGGCAAGCUGGAGCAGAGCUUGCGCCUCAUGGAGGAGGCCUCCUUCGAUGGCACCUUCCUGUGGAAGAUCACCAACGUCACCAGGCGGUGCCAUGAGUCGGCCUGUGGCAGGACCGUCAGCCUCUUCUCCCCAGCCUUCUACACUGCCAAGUAUGGCUACAAGUUAUGCCUGCGGCUGUACCUGAAUGGAGAUGGCACUGGAAAGAGGACCCACCUGUCGCUUUUCAUCGUGAUCAUGAGAGGGGAGUAUGACGCGUUGCUGCCGUGGCCUUUCCGGAACAAGGUCACCUUCAUGCUGCUGGACCAGAACAACCGUGAGCACGCCAUUGACGCCUUCCGGCCUGACCUAAGCUCGGCGUCCUUCCAGAGGCCCCAGAGUGAAACCAACGUGGCCAGUGGCUGCCCACUCUUCUUCCCCCUCAACAAACUGCAGUCACCCAAACACGCCUAUGUGAAGGACGACACGAUGUUCCUCAAGUGCAUUGUGGAGACCAGCACUUAGGGUGGGCGGGGCUCCUGAGGGGGCUCCAACUCAGAUGGGAGCUGGCCAGAGGACUGUGAUGCCCUGCCCUUGGCACCCAAGACCCCAGGGCACAAAGAUGGGCGGAGGUUGGCACAAUCCGAGCAAGACUGAGGGGUCGACUUUGGGCUGGCCAUCCGGUUAGGAUGGCAGGACGUGGGCUGGGCCCACAAAGGCAAAGGGUCCAGAAGGAAACAGGCAGAGCUGCUCCCCUCUGCACGGACAAUGCAAUACCGGGAGACCAGGGAGCCACUCUGGCCCUGAAUGUUGAGGUGGACUGUCACCAAGAUGGGAAGAAAAUGGAACCAGGUCUGGAACCGUAGGACCCAAGCAAAGAAGCUCUCAAGCUGGAAAGAUCUCUGCAGGGCCACCAGAGAGACCUGGACACAGGCCUGCCCUCUUUUUGUCCAGGGUCAGAAACAGGACCGGGUGGAAGGGAUGGGGUGCCAGUGUGAAUGCAGUCUGUCCAGGCCUGGACUGAGUUCCCCAUCACUGGAGGUGAGCAAGCAAACCCAGAGGGCUCUACUGAGACUUCAAAUUGGGGGUUGCAUUUGAAGACUUUUAAGGUUCCUUCCAGCCCAGAAAGUCUCUAAUUCUAGGCCUCCUGGCCCAGGCAAGUCCUAGAGCUACAGGGUUUCUGGAAACAUUCAGGAGUUUCCUGCCCUCCUGGCUCCUCACUCACCUUCAGUAACCCCUGCUGGACUGACCUGGCCCACAGGGCACCUGCCACCCUGGGCCUGGCAGCUCAGCUUCCCCAACACGCAGGAGCACACCCAGCCCCCAUGUCAUGCCUCCAUCAGCUAAAUGCCACUUCACUUCAUGAAGGUGAAACCCGGUCACUGUGAGCUCCCAGGUGCAGCCAGCAGCACCUGGGAGGCAUAAACUUUCCUCUUCCUGCCUGGAGGCCCCACUUUUGGUGCUUUCCAGAAUCUC